AUGACCUGCAAACCUGAAGUCACUGUACCUCGGCUGGAGGGGGAUAUGAAGAGCUUGUAUGGGUUAACUGUGACUGAAGUCAAGGAGCUGCAAAGUUACGACGAUGCAAUGUUUACCUUCAACACUCAUGAAAACGAAAGAUACAUAGCAAAAUACUACAACCCUCUUUACACAACGGAGGAUAUCCUGAGUAAGAUACUGGAAGUUUUGGUGCACUUGAAGAAGUUGAACGUGCCCCGGCCUGUGCCACAACUUAGUGGGAACAUGUUAUCUCGCAUAGAAGACGAAAAGAACCAAGGAUUAGCUGGUUAUCUGGUAGUUUACAACUAUAUUUCAGGGAUAUCACUUUGCUCCCAAACCAAAGAUCCUUCCUUCUGGAGAAAAUUGGGUAAAAUGGUUGCGGAGAUAUCAGAAAGAAUGUCCGAAGUAGAGUGUGAGAACUAUGUCCGUCAUCACAAUUGGGACCCACUUAAUGCUCACAAAACAUUAGAAGAAGUUCGGAAAUACUUCCCUGGAGACAGAAUACCAAAUGUCAAUGUUGAUUCUGUCAUUGCAUCUUUAAAGACAAUUGAGACCGAUCUGAAGGACAUUCCUAAGCGUUUGCAACAUACCGAUGUUAACGAGUAUAAUAUCAUCCUUGGUGAAGAUGAUGAAAUGUGGAUCAUUGAUUUCAACGAUCUGAUACUUUCUUACAGAGUCUUUGAUCUGGGACAUUUUAUUGGUUACAUGACUUGUGCUCAACAUUGCAAUUUGAAGACUGGUGGAUAUGUGUUUGAAGGGUACAGCUCCGUUAUAAAGCUAUCAGAUAAAGAACUCAACAUGCUGUACGAUGUAGUGAUCGCUAGAUUCACUCUGAGCGUAUCUAUUGGGUGUCAAACAAUCCUCUCUGGUGGCGCUAACGAUUAUGUGAAAAAGUGUGUGGACAAUAAUAUUGUUUAUCUUCAGAAACUCACCAACUUUGGCCGUGAAACCUUUAAUAAAGUGGUUAUUGGAAUUUAGUUGCUCUGGGCCUUGUAUUUAUUAAAUACUUUUCAAACUUUAUAGAGUGCAGCGAUUAUAACGUAUAAAAUGAUCAUCUAAUAAACUAUUGCCCCCCGUCUGUACAAUCUGAUGGGGGAACCAAACACAAUAAUGCACAGUGAACUGUACCUACAAUUACUUAGGCAUGUUUAAAUAACAAAUUUAUCAAACAAAUUUAUGAAACAAAUUUAUGAAACAUAUGAUUUUUAUGUAUGAUGUUUAUACACACCCGUUAAUUAGAAGAUAGAUUAUUAAAUUAUUUCAACUUAAUUUCAUAAUUAUUGUGUUUUAUUACUAUCUGGCAAUUCUAUCUGAAUUUUUAUUAACUAUUUCAUAUUAUGUAGUAAGUAAACAAACACUAUUACUAUAUACUAGUGUUUGUACAGAUGUAUGUUUUUAAUAACC